AUGUUGCCUGUCACUAAGUGUCAGUCUGUAUGUUGCCCCAUCACUAAGUGUCAGUCUGUAUGUUGCCUGUCACUAAGUGUCAGUCUGUAUGUUGCCCCAUCACUAAGUGUCAGUCUGUAUGUCACCCCGUUACUAAGUGUCAGUCUGUAUGUCACCCCAUCACUAAGUGUCAGUCUGUAUGUUGCCCCAUUACUAAGUGUCAGUCUGUAUGUCACCCCAUUACUAAGUGUCAGUCUGUAUGUUGCCCCAUUACUAAGUGUCAGUCUGUAUGUUGCCCCAAUACUAAGUGUCAGUCUGUAUGUCACCCCAUUACUAAGUGUCAGUCUGUAUGUCGCUCCGAUACUAAGUGUCAGUCUGUAUGUCGCCCCGAUACUAAAUGUCAGUCUGUAUGUUGCCCCAUUACUAAGUGUCAGUCUGUAUGUCACCCCAUUACUAAGUGUCAGUCUGUGUGUCGCCUGCUCACUAAUUGUCAGUCUGUAUGUUGCCCCGUCACUAAGUGUCAGUCUGUAUGUCACCCCAUUACUAAGUGUCAGUCUGUGUGUUGCCUGGUCACUAAUUGUCAGUCUGUAUGUCGCCCCGUCACUAAGUGUCAGUCUGUGUGUCGCCUGGUCACUAAUUGUCAGUCUGUGUGUCGCCUGGUCACUAAUUGUCAGUCUGUAUGUCGCCCGGAUACUAAGUGUCAGUCUGUAUGUUGCCCUGUUACUAAGUGUCAGUCUGUAUGUUGCCCCAUUACUAAGUGUCAGUCUGUAUGUCGCCCCAUUACUAAGUGUCAGUCUGUAUGUCACCCCAUUACUAAGUGUCAGUCUGUAUGUCACCCCAUUACUAAGUGUCAGUCUGUAUGUCACCCCAUUACUAAGUGUCAGUCUGUAUGUCACCCCAUUACUAAGUGUCAGUCUGUAUGUCACCCCAUUACUAAGUGUCAGUCUGUAUGUCACCCCAUUACUAAGUGUCAGUCUGUAUGUCGCCCCAUUACUAAGUGUCAGUCUGUGUGUCGCCCCGUCACUAAGUGUCAGUCUGUAUGUCGCCCCGAUACUAAGUGUUAGUCUGUAUGUUGCCCUGUUACUAAGUGUCAGUCUGUAUGUCGCCCUGUCACUAAGUGUCAGUCUGUAUGUUGCUCCGUCACCAAGUUAUAAUCAGAAGGAGAGAAGUAUUUCCAACUUAAAUUGA